UCAGGCCUAGCAGCCGUGGUUGGCAGGGAGACGGUUUCGGCUUCCCUGUGAGCGCAGACAGCUUAUACAGCAUUGAUUCAGAAGAGAUGAUGCAGCCUUCUCGUGAUCGAGAUCAAGACCCCUUUUAUAAACCCCCCAUCUCUGUGCAGAAGACAAGUGCCGAAAUUAUAAAUGAAGCCCGCCGUGCUCUGAGAACCUUGAGAACCCAAAGACCGUUUACACCAAGAGAUAACCAAAGGAAGCUAUUUGGAUCCACAUCUUCCAGGACUGCAGACAACAGACCACCUUCUGCAUUUAGUCUUCAUGCUUCAAGCUUUGAAACCUCUGACUCAAGACCAGUGUCAGGAACGCGGCUGAGCCCUUUACCUCAUAAGCCGAAACUGCCGGAAUCCCCACCUGUGGAAGACGAAGGUGUAAUCACGUUCCCUCAGCCUCCAGCACAAGCUAAGGGAGCCAGCCUCACUCGAAGUCGCUUGUUCAGAGCAUUGUCACAUGGAAACAAAAGAGAUGAUUCUGACAUUCUUCCAGAUGAUGGAAGGAAUCCGCAAUGUUACGAAGAUAUGAGCCCUUUGUCAAAAGCUGAUUUGGAAGAAUUUGACACAUCAUUGUGUGUUAACAACAACCCUCUACAAAUCCACAAUGUUGAAAAUAUCCCACAUAAACUAGGGGAAGAUUCAAAGGACCCAUAUCCACCAAGUAACAAGAAUGAAUGUGGAAUCAAGAACAGGCCAUCGCCAUGUCCCAGUCAUGCUGAGACUGCAUUACUUGGAAGUAAAACAGUUUCAGAAUCAGAAUCUACAUUGAAUGAAACCGAGACUGAAGAUGAAACGAUCUACUGGAAUGAAAAGGUUCUUCCAAUUUUGCAGGACUUGCAGACGGCACAGCAAGACAGAAGUGUUGACGAUCUUUGCCAUAUUUGUACCAACCUUCACAAAGUGUUGGAAAAUGGGAAUAUGUUAGAAAAGCGUUGCAAAAGAAGAGCUUUGAUUCUGAAGACAUUAUACAAGCUGGUCGAAAUUGGGUCAGAUAAACUUGGUCUAACUGUAGCAAAGUUAAUUCUUGCGUUGAAAGUGAGUGGGAAAAAUCUUCUCAACAUCUGCAAACUCAUAUUUAAAAUAAGUAGGACUGAAAACAAUGAUUGUCUUUUCCAAAACAAUGACAUAAUAGAUAGCUUGAUGGAGGUCCUACAAAGCGAAGAUGUUGAGGCCAACAGUGAGGCAUUCGUCUACUGCCUGGGAACGAUCAAAUUCCUGUCUGGAAAUUCAGUAAUUUUAAACGAACUACUCCAAAAACAAUCUGUCAAAAUACUAGUAGAGCUAAUGAAGCGUGUUGUUCAAUCAAACAAAAUUUCAGAUAUCGGAUCUUCUGUUGACAUGGGCCAUCUUCUAGUACAACUGACCGCAACAUUAAGGAACCUGGCUGAUCUUGCUCCAUCUAGACCCAAAUUCAUUGCAAACAAUGCUCUGGCUGUUCUUUGUCUACUGCUUGACAUAUACAUAAGGGAUGAGGACAUCUGCACUAAUGUUUCACGAAUACUAAGCAAACUUUCUUCAUACAAUGACUGUUGUCUGGCUCUAGCGGAGUGCAUUACUUGUUACUCGUCAUUCUUAUCCGUUUUGAAAAGUCAUUUAAAGAAGCAGGACCUUGUUGUACGUGUUGUGUUCAUACUUGGUAAUCUAACGGCAAAGAAUAACAAAGCCCGUGAAGAAUUUUAUAAACAUAAAAGAAGCAUAAAUACCCUACUAUAUGUGUUACACUUUUAUUGUGAGCUUGAUCGAAAGUUACAAAAGACUCAUAAGAAAGAGGAAUUUAAGAGGCCGUCUGAAGUUGAAGAUAUUCUUAUAAAGGUGAUAAGGUUGCUGGCCAACCUCUCUGUACAUCCUACCAUUGGUACUGACCUGGCUGCUAAUGAGGGUUGUGUUUCAUUGUUAAUGCAAAUUUUAGAAUACAAGCCCAUUGAUGAAUGUGACGAGUUGGUGAUCAAUACUGUCGCAACAGUCAACAAUUUAUCCUACUAUCAAGGUGACAGCUCUGUUAUUGUAGUCAGAAGACUGGAUAUUUCUAAACUGCUUUUAAAGUUGUUGCUAUGUAACAAUAUGGAUGGUAUCCUAGAAGUAGCUCGAGUCUUCGGCAAUCUCUCCCGCUACCAGGAUGUACGUGAUUUCAUUGUGGAGCAAAGUGUGUACAAAUAUAUGACAACACUGGUGGAUGCCAAGCACCAAGAUGUCUGCUUUUCUGCAUGUGGCGUUCUGAUUAAUUUAACUGCAGACAGGAAUAAACGGGCCUUGCUGAAAGACGAAGGAGGAAUUAAAAAGCUGCUUGACUGCUUACGAGACUUUGGGCGUUCAGACUGGCAGUUGGCUGGUCUGGUGUGCAAGGUAUUUUGGAAUCUGAGUGAAAAUAUAACAAACGCAGAUUUAUGCUUUGGAAAGGAAGAGACCAACACACUUCUGGGCCUCUUAUCAUCUUUUCUAGAUGAACAAGUUGUUCUGGACUAUAGAUGGAAUGCCGAUCUAAUGGAGUACCACAAGUCAUGCUGGAAAUUGGAAUUUAAACCUGUUGCUAUAGAGUUGUUAGAUAGAAUUCAGAGUUACCAUUCCUAUCUGGAACCUUUGCCUGGACCAGUUUAAUUUGGGUGCAUUUAUAAUCGGAGUAUUGGUUUUGGAAGUAGAGCUUCCUAGUUGAUAUAUGCCAAUAUGGAUAUGAUCAUUUUCAACUGUACAGUAAGUUAUUGAUAAAAUAUAUACCGUAUAUUUUUUUUCAGCACCUUCUGCAUCUUAGUGUUUUUCAAACCUGUCUCUAGACUUAUUAUAAGGCCAAGAUAUGAGGUUAUUCCAUAACCACUAAAGCCCACUGAGUUUGAGAAGAGCAAUGGUUUACACAAUGUUUUGUGGUGUUAAUGGAAUAUUUUCUAUAGAAUGCACAACAUACUAAACUUGUUAAUACAAAUUGUUUAUUUUUAUUGUAGUAUCUAAGGAAACCUUAUAUUUUAAUACAAGACGAAG